AUGCAAAAUGUAGUAAAAUGCUUGUAUCCAAAGGUAUGGCGCAUUCCAGAAGAUUAUAUAUCUCGUUCAAUUUUGAAAAGUGAGUUCUACCAAGAAAAGCAUUGCAAGAUUCACGCUUUAAAGGUGAUUUCAGGGUCGAGCUUGCUACACUUUUCACCAUUUGAUUCUGCUCUGGCUCUAAACUUGUUGUUGGAAAAGAAACCGCAGGAAAAUUCAAAUAUAAACUUUAAGCUUCACCCCUUGUACAAGGGAGCUAUAAACAGGUUGAUCAAUAGCAUCAUAAACUACCGUUUUGAGUUGCUUCCAUACUUUUUCAAAAAGUUCUCAGAAUUACACGAAGUAAAUGCUUUGAGGGCCCUUGUCACGGUUAUUAUACACAGAGACGUUAUAAGUCGGUUCAAUACCAAUACCCUCAUUGAUCUGUCUUAUUUGACUGCUCAUCAUAUUCCUAGGGACUGCUACAUUUUUGACGACUUUGACAGAAUCAGUGAGAAUUUUAUUCUGUAUAACAAAUUCUAUAAGCUUUUACUUGCAUCAUUAUUUGCUAGAGGGGAAAUCCUCUUGAAUAAGGUGUUGAUUUACAAGCUUCUUUAUUCUUUGGCAAAAGUACCCUUUAAGCUUGAACAAAGUAAAGAGCUAUCACUAUAUCUGAAACAUAAAGUGAUAAAGGAAUUAGAGUCUGAUUCCUGGGAAGCCCAGCAUUUAGUAGGUAUUUAUUGGUCCCUUGGUACCCUGGGUAUUUUGGACAGUGAACUUUUGUCGAGUAUUUAUUCCAGUAUAGGUCCUAUUGUUGAUUAUAUUGACACAAAGCAUCUACAGUUAGCCUUAUCGAUUUCUUCAAAGUUGGACGAUAAAUUAUCCAAAAAAUUUACAGAGCUAAUAAAGGAUAAACUGCAGACAUAUUCAAAGUUGGGAGUAAAAUGGAAGCAGAGAAAGUGA